AUGGUCAAGGCCGCGACCGCUGAUGCCGACCUCGUCUUCGCCACGUACCAAGGCGAGAAGCAGCUCGCAGAGCUCGUCAAGCUGAUCGACAAGGACUUGUCCGAGCCGUACUCAAUCUUCACGUACCGCUACUUCCUGUACAAUUGGCCACAGCUCAGUAUUCUAGCGCGCGUGCAACACAAACUCGUGGGCGUUAUCAUCUGUCGCCAAGAGCCACUUGGCGCGACGCCCGAAGAGACAGGAGACGACGGACUGAACAGUCCGAACGAUCCCAAGCGCCGAUGGAGAGGGUACAUUGCCAUGCUGGCGGUCGAGAAGCAGUAUCGCCAUCGCGGGAUUGGCUCUCAGCUGGCGCAGAAAGCGAUCGAGCGGAUGCAAGACGACGGCUGCGAAGAAGUAAUGCUCGAGACGGAGAUUGCGAACAAAGCGGCCAUCCGGUUGUACGAGAACUUGGGCUUUGUGCGGGACGAGCGUCUGGUCAAGUACUAUCUGAACGGCGGAGACGCAUACCGUCUGAAGCUAUGGCUACAGUGA